AUGAACAACGGUGACGACGAGCUGCACCGACCUGGCACAAGCAGAGAAGUGCUCUCUGAUCAGAAAGAAUCGUCCAGAUUAAAUAACAACGUAGCGCACAGCCAUGAAGAUCCCGAUACUGAAAGUUGUCUUGAUUGUGAUACCCCUGAACAACACGACCACAUGAUAGCUGCCAGUUUAGUACGUUGUGACCAGGAAGAUAGUGAUUCGGAUAACGAUUCUUGUAUUUACACUUAUCGUGGUGAUCGGCAAGAGCCGGCAAUUGAAAACUUACCCAUGGACGAUAGAAGUACAUCACCUUUGAUGGAUUACUUAGAAAUGGACUUUGAACCUGAACCAACGGUUAAUAAUGUAUCUGAAGAUGAAGAGAUUACUGAGCCAAUGCCUAAUAAUGCAAAUGGUACAAUGCUGUUAAUAAAAGACCUAAUAGCAACUGUAAAUCCUAAUACACGAGAAAAUCAUCUGAAUAUUAGAAAUAAUGUAACAAGUGAACCUAUUAUCAAUCCUAACCUAAUCCCUCGAUUGUCAUUUUCGAGUUCAGAUAUACCCAUUCUACAAUUCAGGACUCUUAAUACUAAUCUCCCUGUUUGUAAAGAAGACCGUAAUAGAUGUAUGCGACGUUAUUCUGAUACAACGGAGGUAUGUCAAAAAAUGAAAAAAAUGCGUAUUGAUGAUUUAACUUGGAUUAAAGAAAUGAUAUGGUCAGAAAAAGAGGCAGCUCAGCUUCAAGUGAACCAAAUUGGUGUAUCAGCGUGUGGGGCAACUGCAGUUGUAAAUACUUUGUUGGCUCUAAGGACACAAUUCAAUUUAGACCGUAUAGUUCAAACUAUUGGCACCCGUUUACGUGAUGAGACGGCUCCACUUGUUCCUUAUUUGGAAUCACGAGCUGUGGCUGGUUGCAUGCCCCAAGAUUUGGUUAGAACAUUGGAAACCGUAACAGAUUUACAAGUCAGUGCUAGGUUCUUUGCUACUCAUCAAUGUUUGGAUUUAAAUCUCGCCCCAUGGCUUGCCACUUGGAUAAAAAAAGGCGCUGUUCCCAUAUUGACAUUAAAUCUCCAACGUGUAGAUGCUUCACCUUCUCUUGUGCCAGAUAGUUGGCACCAUCAAAUGGUGUAUGGAGUAUCAUACAAUCCCUUACGUCCAGAAUGUGCUCAAAUUUACUUAACGAAUCCACUGAGCAUUUCAAGCUUGGAGUCGUUAGUUCCACAGUUAAUUUCUCCAUCUUCAUUGAUGAUUAAAAGAGCUGAUAUAUUAUCUAGGUGGACCCCUCAAACAGAUCUCAUGUCCUUGGCCACACAUCCUAGCCGACAAUGGCAUAGGUUUAAUGUGUUAGGGCAAGUAGUAAAUCUUUUACGUGAAGAAAAAGAAAAUGUCAAAUUCACUGAUCAUAUUGUCAUACCGGCCAACUAUAAGAGUGGUAUAACUUUAGCAAUGAAAACAUCAUCAAAUUGUUGCCAUGAAUUGAAAUCUGUGCCAGAACUAUAG